AACAUGGACUUUCGCAAUGAACUUAACCAACUCCAGUUGCAAGGAGAGGCUCACAACCACCCAAAAAAGCCAAAACCCAGCCAUUAUCCUAAUGAUAGGACUCAGAUAGGGUUGCUUGGCAGUCUGCUUGUAGGCCCAGCAUUGGCAUGGUUUGCUCUACUCCUUGAAAAAGAAUCACCAUUGUUGGAAGAUUUCGAUGGUUUGUUGGGAAGUUCGAAACUACCUUCGGGGACUCAGACAAGUGACCUGGAUUGGGGCAAAGCGGCAUUAAUCGAUCAAUUUCGAAUUGGGCUUAAAAACGAUGUAAAAGACCUAUUACUUACCAUAGAAGAUCCUAUAUCGUUGAACAAUGCAAUAGCUAAGGCAGUACGCUGCGAUAACAGAUUGUUUGAGUGA